UUCUUCCACCAUUAUCUGUGACAAAGGAGGGUGUGGUCACAUGACGAUGUCGUCAUAAGGCAACAUGGCGGAAGUGAAGCUUGUUGUGAUCGUUUCAGUGAUUGUUUUGGUGUCUGUUUUGCCCUCAUUCGCCUCUUCUUGGAGAUCAUCGCAGCGUAAAGUCAGCCCAUUGUUGGUGGAGGAGCAGAUAAUAUGGCUCGCCGGUGGAGGCCAGGGUGGCGUGAGUUCGUACCGUAUCCCACUGCUGUCCCGUACUCCGAGGGGGCACCUCGUCGCCGUGUGUGAAGCCAGGAAGUACAACAGCGGCGAUGCUGGGGAAAAAUUUCUGGCCAUCCGCAGGUCAGAGGACAAAGGUAUGACAUGGCAGCCACUAGGAUAUGUGUUAGAUGAUGGAACCUACUUCGACGGUAUUGGACUGGGCUCCAUCCUCGUAGACGAUGAAACUGCGACCAUGUUUAUCUUCUACUCUCACUGUCCUCACUUUGACAAGUGUACGUUUUCUACAACGUACGUGGUGAACAGUACAGACGAUGGGAAGACCUGGGGACAGCCUGUCAACAUCACAGGCAUGAUCAGGAUGCAUGGCAGGGAGUUUGAGACGGGACCAGGGUUUGGAAUACAGAAAAAGCAUGCACCCUACCAAGGUCGUUUGGUCACAUGUGGCCAUUCCAGUCCACUAAACAGGAUGAUCACUUGUGCCUUCAGUGAUGACCACGGCAAAACCUGGGCAGCAGGACAGGCCCUUCUGUCUCUUCCCCUUACCGGCCGACAUAAACUUGGAGACUUUGUUCCAGGGGAGUCUGAGCUAGUAGAACUUCCUGACGGAUCCAUAGUGAUCAACGCUAGGAACCAGUACCACUACCACUGCCGCUGCCGUAUCGUGUUCCGUAGUUUUGAUGGCGGAGAGACGUUCCCCCUGCAGCACCUGUACUUUGAUGAGACCCUGGUGGACUCGGCAGUGGCUGCAGGGCUGUACUACCAUGAUGGAGUCAUGUUCUUCAGCAACCCUGCCAACGACAAGUCAAGGGAGGAUAUGACUCUACGUUGGAGCUAUGACAAUGGUACGACCUGGGCUGGAUCGUACCAAGUCUGGCCUGCAGCUGCAGCCUACUCCACCCUCAUGAUGCUGCACACAGACGCUGAGGACAGCAGAUUCAUCUAUCUUCUGUACGAGAAGGGACAGAAAAAUGCUUACUCCACCAUUUCUCUGGCAAAAAUUAGUUUAUAUGGAGAGCUAUGAUUAAUGCUGUCUUCUCACCAUUGUUAGGGUGAGAAUAUGGUAUCUGGUGAUGUAUUUAUCUUAUGGUGUAUUUUCCUCAUAACUUUUUUUGAGGGAGAAUCAAGCUUUUGUAUAUGUUGACACGUAACAAAAAUGUGAUAAAAAAGCAAUGAGCAAAGUACAUGACUGUACAUAUACACAACAUUGAAUGUAACUGAAUUUGUUGGAUGGAUGAACGUGUUACAUACAUAAUCAUGUGGCUAAGACGACCAAAUUCUUCAAGAAUAACUUCUACAAUUCAAAGCCAUUUUUAUAAGUAUUUAUGACUGUGUAAGAGCAAUUGUCUCAGGUUUUGUUUCUUUAUACUACAAAAUGUACAUGUAGUAUUCAUGUAUUUUUAUAAUCAUUAUUCAUUAUAUCCUUUUGGAGUAGUCGUGGAUGGUCACAUACAGUAUCAGUAAUCAUACAUUUUACUUUAAAAUGUACAAAUAUGUAUGUGCUAAUGCAGUAUUUAAAAAAUGUUUGCCUUACUCAAUGGAGGACCAAGGCGUUUGACUAGGAAACUUUUAUACAACAUAUCUAUUCUAACCGUUAUGUAGGAAGUGCACUUAUGAUGCCAACGCUGCUGCUGAUGUAAAAAUGAGUGAGUUGUGUUAACUCCUUCCAAAAUAGAUGUGACUGGACAAAAAGUAAAACCUUGCAGCUUAUUCUUGUAUAUGACAUCCUUACUCAGUCUUGUCAUGUUUGUUGCAGGGCUAGAUAAGGUAGCUAUGGUAUUGUGGUUUGUGAACUUAAUGAUAAAGACAUGACAACGACCAACGUAAACUUGAAAAUUUGUAUUGCUCUUUUUAUGUAUUAAGCACUGUAAGAAGCUCCUUGGCAAGCUAUACAAAUUUUGGUGUCAAAUGCCACCCAUAUAUACGUAUAGGCUAAUGUUCAAUCUCUUUGUACAUGAAUAUACAGUUGAGUACUUGGA